GACACAGCACAAAGAGGGAGACAGGGGUUCUCUCUCUGACUUGAGAAGAUGAGUGAUUUAUUAGAAGAGGACAGAUUAAAGUCUCCAGUCUCCGGCUGUCUGUCUGUGAAGAGUGACUGGUCUCAGGACAGACCUAUAAACUUCAGUAUUGGACCUGGACCCUCAGACACAAAACAGAAAGCAGAGUCUCCAGUACCCAGCUGUCUGUCUGUGAAGAGUGACUGGUCUCAAGACAGACCUAUAAACUUCAGUAAUGAACCUGGACCCUCAGACACAAAACAGAGAUCAGAAUCUCCAGUACCCAGCUGUCUGUCCGUGAAGAGUGACUGGUCUCAAGACCGACCUAUAAACUUCAGUAAUGGACCUGGACCCUCAGACACAAAAGAGAGGAGUCAUGUUUCUGUGAGUAAGCAGCCAUCAGGCUGUGCUUUGUGUCAGGACGUCCUGAAGGAUCCGGUCUCUACCAGCUGUGGACAUUGGUUCUGCAGACAGUGCAUCACUUCAUACUGGGACCAGUCUGCUUCACCAACAGACUCCUCCUGUCCCCAGUGUGGAGAAAGGUCCAGAACAAGAGUUGGACUGCAGUCAGCCAGUGAGACCAGCACUGUACAAGCUGGUAAUCUUCAGGAGGUUUUAGAUGAACAUAAGAUCAGUCUGAAGAAGAGAUGUGAACAUGUGACUGAAGGAAGUGGUGGAACAGGAAGUGAAACCCUCCUCAACACGAUCUACACUGAGCUCUACAUCACAGAGGGACAGAGUGAAGAGGUUAAUACCCAACAUGAGGUGAGGCAGCUGGAGACAGCUUCCAAGAAGAAGACUGUCCAUGACACUCCAAUCAGGUGCCAGGACAUCUUUAAAGCCUUACCUGACCAACAGGGACACAUCAGAGUCGUUCUGACGAACGGCGUCGCUGGCGUUGGAAAAACCUUCUCAGUGCAGAAGUUCAGUCUGGACUGGGCAGAGGGUUUGGAGAACCAAGAUGUCAGUGUGGUGAUUCUGCUUUCAUUCAGGGAGCUGAACUUGAUCAGAGAUGAGCAGUACAGUCUUCUGGAGCUGCUCCAUGUUUUCCAUCCAACAUUACAGAAGGUCACAGCAGAGAAGCUCGCCGUCUGUAAGCUUCUGUUCAUCUUUGAUGGCCUGGAUGAAAGCAGACUUUCACUGGAUUUCAACAACAAGGAGGUUGUGUCUGAUGUCACACAGAAGUCAUCGGUCAACAUGCUGCUGACAAACCUCAUCGAGGGGAAUCUGCUUCCCUCAGCUCUCAUCUGGAUAACUUCUCGACCUGCAGCAGCCAAUCAGAUCCCUCCUGCGUGUGUUGACAGGGUGACAGAAGUACGAGGCUUCACUGACGCCCAGAAGGAGGAGUACUUCAGGAGGAGGGUCAGUGAUGAAGAGCGCUCCAGCAGAAUCAUCUCACACAUCCAGACAUCCAGGAGCCUCCACAUCAUGUGUCUGAUCCCAGUCUUCUGCUGGAUCACUGCUACAGUUCUCGACCACAUGUUGACUACAGACCCGGGAGGAGAGCUGCCCAAGACCCUGACUGACCUGUACUCACACUUCUUGCUGGUUCAGACAAAGAAGAAGAAGCAGAAGUACGAUGACGGACAUGAGACGAGUCCACAGGAGCUGAUGGAGGCUGACAGAGAAGUUCUUCUGAAGCUGGGGAGGCUGGCGUUUGAACAGCUGCAGGAAGGAAACAUCAUGUUCUACCAAGAAGACCUGGAGCGAUAUGGCCUUGAAGUCACAGAGGCCUUGGUGUACUCAGGAGUGUGUACAGAGAUCUUCAAAAGUGAGAGUGUGAUCUUCCAGAAAACAGUCUACUGCUUCGUUCAUCUGAGCAUUCAGGAGUUUCUGGCUGCAGUCUACCUGUUCCACUGUUACACCACCAGGAACACAGAGGUACUGAGGGCUUUCUUUGGGACAGACUGGGACAAUGACAGCAAUGAUGACACUGAUCAAGAAUACCCAUCCCUGGAUGACUUCCUGAGGAAAGCCAUGGAGAAAUCCCUAGAAAGUAAAAAUGGCCACCUGGACCUGUUUCUCCGCUUCCUCCACGGCCUCUCUCUGGAGUCCAACCAGAGACUCUUAGGAGGCCUGCUGGGUCAGACAGACAACAGUCCCGAAAUCAUCCAGAGAACCAUCGACAACUUAAAAAAGAAGAAGACCAGUACCUCUCCUGACAGAAGCAUCAACAUCUUCCACUGUCUGACGGAGAUGAACGACCUCUCAGUACAUCAGGAGAUCCAAGAGUUUCUGAAGUCAGAGAACAGAUCAGAGCAGAAACUCUCUGAGAUCCAGUGCUCAGCUCUGGCCUACAUGCUGCAGAUGUCAGAGGAGGUUCUGGAUGAGUUGGACCUGGAGAAGUACAACACAUCAGACCAGGGACGACGGAGACUGAUUCCAGCGGUGAGGAACUGCAGAAAGGCUCGACUUUCCAGCUGUGGAAUUUCAGAGAGUCACAGUGAAGUCGUGUCCUCAGCUCUGAAGUCCAACCCCUCCCAUCUCAGAGAGCUGGACCUGAGUCACAAUGAGUUGCACGAUUCAGAUCUGAUGCUGUUGUCUGCUGGACUUAAGAGUCCACACUGUAAACUGGAGACCCUCCGACUGAGUAACUGCACUUUGUCAGAGGUCAGCUGUGCUUCUCUGGCCUCAGCUCUGAAGUCCAACCCCUCCCAUCUGAGAGAGUUGCAGCUGGGUGGAAACGAGCUGCAGGAUUCACCAGUGAAGCUCCUGUGUGAAUUUCUGGAGAGUCCACACUGCAGACUGGAGAGUCUGAGGUUGUGGGGCUGCAGUCUGUCAGAGAUCAGCUGUUCUUCUCUGGCCUCAGCUCUGAAGUCCAACCCCUCCCAUCUGAGAGAGCUGCAGCUGGGCGACAACGAGCUGCAAAACUCAGGAGUGAAGCUGCUGUGUGAUUUUCUGAUGACUCCACACAGCAGACUGGAGACUCUGAGACUGAGUUGGUGCAGUCUGUCAGAGAUCAGCUGUGCUUCUCUGGCCUCGGCUCUGAAGUCCAACCCCUCCCAUCUGAGAGAGCUGCAGCUGAGUAACAACAGCAACGUGCAGGAUUCAGGAGUGAAGCAGCUGUGUGGUCUUCUGGAGAGUCCACACUGCAGACUGGAGACUCUGAAGAUUAGUCGCUGUGGACUGUCAGAGAUCAGCUGUGCUUCUCUGGCCUCAGCUCUGAAGUCCAACCCCUCCUGUCUGAGAGAGCUGGAGCUGAACUACAACAAGCUGCAGGAGUCAGCAGUGAAGCUGCUCUCUGAUCAUGUGAGGGAUCCGAACUGCAGACUGGAGACUCUGAGGGUCGAUGACAAGCUGAUCACAGCUGAGAAGCCCUAAACAGUUUAAUGGACAGAUCUCCUUCUGGAUCUGAAGCUCAGUUCUGGUCUCCGAUCUCUCUGAGGUGGAUCCACGUCGCAACUUCGACAGAAACUGUAAUGAUGAAGAUUUUUAUCUUAUUUUUUUUACACUCUUACAUUUUUUUUAUAACCUUUAAACCUCUGAUACCCACCAUUCCACAGGAUUGAAAUGUAUGAUUUAUUUGAAUUUGAAAUUUGACCGUUACUUGUGUUAAAUGUUGAUAUUAGUGUCAGAAUCUCUUUAUUCUCCAUGUGUCAUUUAAAAUAGGCUGUUUACACAGAGCAGAGAGGAGAGGACAGGAGAGGCUGCUUACACAGAGCAGAGGGGAGAGGACAGGAGAGGCUGUUUACACAGAGCAGAGAGGAGAGGACAGGAGAGGCUGUUUACA